GCUCUUCGAGUUGACGUAUUCUUUGGCUUUCGAAACGCUCUAUAUUGGUCAAUUACGUCAUGACCAAGUGCUGCUGGUGUAACAGCAGUGGACGGUGCAAGAAUUGCCGCUGCGCAAAGCGAGGAGUUGAAUGUAAGAACUGCAAUCCCAGAAACCACGGCCGGUGCAUGAAUGGGAAGUCGUCACCUUUAUCUCACGAUUCAAAGAAUGCAUCAAAGUCGUCAGUGUCUCGUUCUGGCUCUUGUGAUAGUCUGUCCUCAAACAAGAUACCUAUGGAUCAACCUGUCACCACCACUCUGGUAUGUGACACACGUGAAUCUCUAGAAGUUUCUAGAAGAUCUCAGACACCUAUGUCUUACUCUGAGGCACUUCAAAAGGAUUUGACACAAUGUUCAUCACAAAAACGUCAGUCUCAGUCUCUUUGUUCGGAUAAGCAGAUGUCCACAGCUUCUACGCCGCUUCAGCAGACAAAUCCGAGUAACGCUUUUCCUACUAGUUAUGGAACGGCUCUGGAUUACUCAGGUCACUCGCCCAGCAGGAGUGUACUUGUUGCGGAGACAGUGGAAUCAAUGAGGAAUGCAUCUCUAAGAGCACGCAGAAUUGUCAGCAUGAACGACAGGGAGCUAGGUAGCUCAAAGAGCCCGGUUCAAGUAGAGGAAGCUCCUCCAGUCAUUUCAGCAGAGACUGGAACUGCAUAUCAGUCUGUCACACAACAAGAAGUCGUUCUUCAUGAAGCUUCUCAAGAUCAAUCUAGUGAUGCCAUUGACCUGCCAGCUAUCCCUCAGUACAGAGUGUUACUGCCUCCUAAUUUCAACUGGGGUGAUGUACCUGGAGCAGAUAUAAAAGAUCAGAUAGACCAAGCAUAUCGUGAAGUCGUUCAUUGGAAACGGAAUUUAUUUCAAGUGCCUUACGGAUCCUCUGGUGGACACUUCGUUUCUGAACUUACAAGGCUAUUUUAUGCAUUUGCAAAUGAAUCUGAUCUCGAGUCAGUCGCAAUAACUGCUGCUAUGCUCAUGCCUCAUCUGUUGCUCCAAAGACCUCACACUAGAUCCAGUGUACAACAGAACUCCUCUUGUUUAAGUCGUCGAUUGGAAACCUGGAAAAAGGGUGACAUAGGAGGUUUGAUUGCAGAAGGCAGAACGAUCCAGUCUCAUCUUUGA